CUUUACCAAAAGGAUGGUCUAGGCUACGCGUGGAAUUCGCUGGAGAGCGCAUGAUCGACGUUACCUGGGUACAAUGCUUUUUCUCUCCGUGGGUUAUUUUCAAACAAAGCACAGAUCCAAGCGUUGAAAUGGUUUUAAGUACCGUAGGCCUAGUCCGUUCAAGGAAACCAAACAGCUGAAGAAAAGCGAUAUAGAACAUCUGAAAGUAUUGAAUUAUUUGUUUAAUCCUGUAAUCGUCUUCUCUAUCUCAGUGCGUCUUCCCUGUCUGAUAGCUUAGCACACAACCAAUGGCGCGAUGCAGGUGCAAUGGACGGAUACUGUGCCUGUGCCUCCUGCCCUGUGUGAUGAUGGGUCAUCUUGUCAUAUACAUCAUGGUGUCUAUAUUCAUCACGGUCUCCUAUUCCCCUCCCCAUGUACCGGUCCGCUUCGUCGCCCCGGGAGCCUCCUCAAACUCUGGGGCAUUGGCACCCCAUCCACUGGGCCCCUUCUGGAACCUGCGUCUGCAGGAGACAGCCCUAUGGAACCGUCUUCAGCACACCUGGGACAGACGGUAUAACCCUAUUCUACAGGGGAACGUGACCAAUGGGAGCUCCUCCACGAGGCAGGGCAGCGAGGGAGCUCCGUGGCAGGGCAGAGAGUGCUCCUCCACCUGCGUUUCUGAUUCGGAGCAGUGCUGGGGCGCCCAUCUCCACGACUACAACACCCUCCCGGAGCAGAUGAAGGCGUUUGUCCUCUCCAUGCACUGCAGAGAGUACCCCCUCCUUAGGAACCAGCCCAGGCUGUGCGCCAGCAACGAGAGCGGGGAGUGGGAGAGCCCCUUGCUCCUGAUGGCCGUCAAGUCCCAGGUGGGUAACUUUGAGAACAGGCAGGCCAUCCGGGAGACUUGGGGGCGGAGCGGCUUGGUGAAGGGGGAGCAGGGGAGGGUGGGCGGGCUGGUACGCACUGUCUUCCUCCUGGGGAGGCAGGACUCGACCACGGGGCCCCACCCAGACCUCGGAGGCCUCUUGGAGCUGGAGAGCCAACAAUACAGAGACAUCCUGCAGUGGGAUUUCAGGGACUCCUUCUUCAACCUCACCCUGAAGGACCUCCUCUUCUGGCACUGGCUGCAGCAUCACUGUCCAGGCGUGCAGUUCAUAUUCAAAGGCGACGAUGAUGUUUUCGUGAGGACAAACGCGCUUCUGGAUUACCUGCACAAACAACGAGCGGAGCAUGACGUGGCACAGGCGAGUAGAAACAAAACCGAGACGUUGGAUCUGUUCGUCGGUGACGUAAUCAGCAACGCCAAGCCGAACCGCGAGCCGUACACCAAGUACUACAUCCCCGAGAGUUUCUACGAGGGCGUGUAUCCUCCUUACGCCGGAGGAGGGGGCGUGGUCUACUCUGGAUCCCUCGCCGCGAGCCUGAGACAGGUGUCCGAGAGGGUGCGCAUGUUCCCCAUCGAUGACGUGUACCUGGGCAUGUGCCUCCACAGGCUUGGGCUCUCUCCUGGACACCACCCCGGGUUUUUGACCUUUGACCUCCCUGAAUCGGAGAGGGACAAGCCCUGCGCAUACAGCUCUGUGCUGCUUGUUCACAAGCGCAGCCCCAAGGAUAUGCUCACACUCUGGAGCAAGCUACAGACGCCCCCCACCCCGUGUUGAUGAAGAGACACUCACGCAUUGACAGCAAAGCACAGCGAGAGAUGGGGCGUGGGGGGAUGGGAAUAGCCCAGUGGUUAGAGUAUUUGAUCGCAGAUCAAGAGGUCACAGGUUCAAAACACCCUCUGUGUGUCGUCUUUGGUUAAAUGCGGCUGUAAAUAAUAAUAUAUAAAAUACAUUAUUGAGACACACAGUGAGAGGGCACAGUUACACUGAGACACAUGUAGAGGAUGGUCAGAGACAUCUCUGGCAGGAAGGAGAAAAAACCUGGACAUCAUAAUGUAUAAAGCAUGUGAACAGAACAGGAAACACACAGAAACAGUAAAGGCCUGAAAUCAAAACCUUUUAAAUAACAUUUCAAUCAGUUUAAUUGAACUGUGGAUGUCUUUAUUUUGCUUUUAUGUAAUCUGUAAGUAUGUAUAAAAAUGUAUACAAUAUGGGAAUUGCCACAUCUUAACAUCUUUAAGUACGCCUAAU